GCAGUACGCAUGCGCGCCUGGCAGCGGCCGUGUUGUGCUGGGGCACGUGAGAGAGGGCUACGUCAUCAUAAACACUCGUAGCAAGAUGGCGGCGCCUGUCACCGGAAAGAUAGUUUUUGAUCAAGAAGGAGUGUUCAUACAUUCUUCUUGUGGAAAACUGGAAGAUCAAGACAGCUUAAUACCAGGAACAUUGUGUGUCAUAGAAAAGGAUGUGGAAGUCAUAGUAGAUUGGAGACCACUUGAAGAAACGUUGGAUUCAUCAAAUAUUCUUUGUGCAGUAAAGGACUCCAGUUCAGUUGUACAGUGGAAUCCGACUCCAAAAGAAAGAACUGUUGGUUGCGCUGAACGGCAGAACAGCUAUGAAACAGAGUGGGACAUGGUCAACACAGUUUCUUUUAAGAAAAAGCAGUUUGCAAAUGGGGGUGUUCAAAGUCCUAUAUAUGUCCAGAGCAAAUGGUCAUUCCUCUUCAGCUUGACCGACCUCAAGUCAAUUAAACAGAACAAAGAAGGCAUGGGGUGGUCUUAUUUUGUUUUCUGCUUGAAGGAUGAUGUUAUCCUUCCAGCUCUCCACUUUCAUCAAGGAGGAAGCGAGCUUCUGCUUGAGUGCCUUGAAAAAUAUGUGGUGCUGUGUGAGUCAGAACAAGAUAGCAGAAUUCUUCUUGUUAAUUGCUACAACAGGAGUCUCUCUCAGUCUUUUGAAAACCUUCAUGAGGAACCAACAGACAGUUUACUGCAGAAAUUCAAGAAAGACCCUUACACUGCCACUAUGGUUAAAUUUUCCAAAGUUACAAACUUCUUGGCUGACACCAUAAGAGGAACUGAUCCUUCAACGCGUCGCAGGCCACCUCAGGAAAUGGCUGACUUCCUUGGUGAUGCGAUUCCUGACUUAAAAAUAAAUCAACAAGAAGAAUCAGGUUUUGAAGUAAUUACUCGUAUUGAUGUCGGUACUCGUCCAGAAGUCCAUAGGAGAGAUCCAGUUACAACAUUGGAAUGGGACCGUAAUAUGGAUUUAGAAGGAAGAGUUCGAAAUGUGGACCACAUAAAGAACAUCAUAUUUAAAGGGGGGCUCUGUCAUGCUUUGAGAAAGGAGGCUUGGAAAUUUUUGCUGGGUUAUUUUCCUUGGGACAGUACGAGAGAAGAACGAGCUCAACUCCAAAAAAGGAAAACGGAUGAAUAUUUCCGAAUGAAACUGCAGUGGAAAUCUGUUAGCGAAGAGCAAGAAAACCGUAAUUCAAGACUGAGGGAUUACAGAAGUUUAAUAGAAAAAGAUGUGAAUCGUACAGACCGAACAAACAAGUUUUAUGAAGGCCAAGAUAAUCCAGCAUUGAUUUUACUUCAUGACAUUUUGAUGACAUAUUGUAUGUACGAUUUUGAUCUUGGAUAUGUACAAGGGAUGAGUGAUUUGCUUUCCCCUGUUCUUUAUGUGAUGGAGAAUGAAGUGGAUGCCUUUUGGUGUUUCGUAUCAUACAUGGAUCAAAUGCAUCAGAACUUUGAAGAACAAAUGCAGGGAAUGAAAACACAGUUGGUCCAGCUGAGUACUUUGCUACGUCUCCUGGACAGUGGGUUUUGCAGUUACCUUGAAUCUCAGGACUCUGGUUAUCUGUAUUUUUGUUUCCGAUGGCUUCUGAUCAGGUUUAAAAGGGAAUUUAGUUUUCACGAUAUUCUUCAGGUGUGGGAGGUAAUGUGGACAGACUUACCCUGUCAGAACUUCCAUCUGCUUAUUUGCUGUGCUAUUUUGGAGUCUGAGAAAAAACAAAUAAUGGAGAGAAACUAUGGCUUUAAUGAGAUUCUAAAGCACAUAAAUGAACUCUCCAUGAAGCUGGAUGUAAAUGAUGUUCUGUGUAAAGCAGAAGCAAUCUCUUUACAGAUGAUGAAAUGCAAGGAUUUAACUUCGGCAGUUUGUGAAGUACUUGGACUUCAGAACAAUUGUGUACCACCAACAUCUGACACAACUGAUGGUUGCAUUAUCAAGAAACAUUACCAAAACUCACCGUCUAAUAAUAGUACUGUGCCCGUACUUACUGCUAACGGAACAAGAAGUAACUCAAGCCUGAAAUCUCUGCCAAACAAUGUUCACACGCCAGCCUCUCCCUGGUAAAGCAGCUCUUACCAAGACAUGUAUUGAAGAAAAUUUAAAAAGGACACUUGAUUAAAUGUGUGAUGUUAAUUAAGCUGUUAAUAAUGAAGACUGUAGAAAAUUGUAGACAUUUUGUCUACAGCAGUGUCUUUGCAUUUAAAGAUUUUUCAAAAAGAGCCAACUUAAUUAUUUUUGUAGUUAAAAAUAUGUCCUUAUCAUUCCAUAGCCUUUCACUAGUGAGAUACAAAUCAUUUAGUGAACUGGAAACUAUUUUUUCAUCUGGGUGAUUUGGCAGCUGCUCAAUUUAAAAGAUAAAUAGUUACAAAAAUCCAUUUACACAGAAUAAUUAUUAAAAUGUUAUUGUUUGCUUAACUGUAAUUAUUGUAAGCUAAGCUUUGUGCAUGACAACACAUGCUGAAUUUCCCUACAUUACCAUGACUGGAAAGUGCAAAUAUUUACAUUACAUAGCUACUUAAAGUUUGUACCAGAAAGUGGCCUUUUUCUCUUUUUGUCUUAUUUUUCCUGCUUGGAAAUGUAUUUUUGUAAGAGCUUGACUUCCUGAUCUAUAUCAUAUAUUAUGACCAUUAUAAUUUGCAUUGUUUGUAUUAAUUUAAAAUAGGAUUAUAAAAAAAAAGUUAGAAAUGUCCCUUUCAACUCUGAGAGAUCCUUAGUUAUUCAAACAUACAAACAUCUACUAAUAAUUCUGUGUAAAUAUUUAUUCAUUCACAAAUGGAGCAAGUUGUGUUGCAAAUCCAUAAAAGAAGCUAAUUGUUAUAUUUGAGUACAGUAUCUGACUGCUGAUAUUUCUUUCAGAUUUCUGCUCUGCAUUUUGUACUAGACUAAUUUUGUGAGAGUUAAUACCAUUUUCAAAAUUACAUGCAAUGUUCAGGUAAAUCAUAUUACUUUCCUAUUAGUUCAUACACUAUUAAUUGCUAAUUUUAGUAAGUUAUUCUGGGUAAUUGUUUUUCAGUGUGGUGACUAAACAGAUCUUCACAAUUCUUUCAUUAUGCAUUUUGUCAAGGUCAGCCUGCAGAUGCAUAAGACAUGUUGCAUGAUAGUUAUGUGACAUGUACAGUACAUAAGGAAAUCAUUGUAUUAAUUGUAUAGUGAAAUCUGUAAAUAUGAAAUAAAGCUCAACUAUAAUUAUUUCAACUGAAA